AAAAGCAUCAAGCACAGUGUCCACAAAUAAAUCACCUACAAUCUAGUUAUCCUCAUCAACAUAAACUCUAUCUACAGUAUUUUUAAAUUUAAAAAUUUAUUAUUUUGUAAUUUUUAAUGACCACAACUCUCACUAUUUGCCACGUGUUCAUCUUAGUUUCACCAUCAUACGUGUACUCUCUCCUUAUAUAUAGGUAACUAUGUUGAUCAAAUCAUAACAAAAAAACCAACACACAACACAAAAACAACACAUAACACUAAGAAAACCACCUUGAUAUUUCAGAAUUUUCAGAAAAGAACACAAAAACAGAAAACAUGGCUGAAAGUGGUGGCGGCAGAACUGAACCUUUUAUUGAUCAAGAAGUUUCAAAUGGUUCUUGGAGACUCAAUGUCAAAGAGUUUCAUCUACCAAGACAAAAUAAUGUUGUUGAUCAUCAAAACAAAUCUUCGUUUAGUUUUAAUGGUCUUCUUCGUAAGCCUAGGAAGCAACGCAAGGUGGCGGAGUAUUACAAGAAACAGGAGAGACUUCUUGAAGGUUUUAAUGAAAUGGAGGCUAUGCAUGAAACUGGUUUUUACCCUGGAGGUCUCACCGAGGACGAAAUGAAGCAACUUGCAAAGAGCGAGAGGAUGGCAGUUCAUAUCUCAAAUGCAUGUAACUUAGUGCUGUUUGCUGCAAAGGUUUUCGCGUCAAUUGAGAGCAGAUCAUUAGCAGUCAUUGCAUCAACACUAGAUUCUCUUUUGGACCUUUUGUCGGGUUUCAUAUUGUGGUUUACUUCUCAUGCCAUGAGAAAGCCAAACCGUUAUCACUAUCCGAUUGGAAAGAAACGCAUGCAACCAGUGGGUAUCAUUGUUUUUGCAUCCGUGAUGGCAACCUUGGGCUUACAGAUUUUGAUCGAGUCCGGUCGGCAAAUUAUUGCAAAGGCUAAGCCUGAAAUGGAUCCAGUAAAGGUGAAUUGGAUGAUCGGGAUUAUGGUAUCCGUGACUGUAGUGAAAUUCAUUCUUAUGGUAUACUGUCGAAGAUUUAAAAAUGAAAUCAUCAAAGCAUAUGCACAAGAUCAUUUAUUCGAUGUCAUUACUAAUUCUGUCGGAUUAGCUGCUGCUGUUCUAGCUGUCAAGUAUUACUGGUGGAUUGAUCCAACAGGAGCUAUUGUUAUUGCAUUAUAUACAAUCAACACAUGGACAAAGACAGUGAUUGAGAAUGUUUGGUCACUCAUCGGAAGAACAGCACCACCCGAUUUCUUGGCAAAGUUAACAUACCUUAUAUGGAACCACCAUGAACAAAUCAAACACAUUGACACAGUUAGAGCAUACACAUUUGGUGCACAUUACUUUGUGGAAGUUGACAUUGUUUUGCCAGAAGACAUGUUUCUAAACCAAGCACACAACAUUGGUGAAACACUUCAAGAAAAGCUAGAACAACUUCCAGAAGUUGAAAGAGCUUUUGUUCAUAUUGAUUUUGAGUUCACUCAUAGACCUGAGCAUAAGACAUCAGUAUGAUGAUGUUGGAAUGGAAGAGAGUUUCUUUUAACAGCUUUUGUUUUUUCAUGAUAGUUUUUGUUUCAAGACAAGUAACAGCUUUUGGUUUAUCGAUAUGGUUAUAGUUGUUGAUACAUCUGAUAAUAAUUACUGUCUUUAAUCUAUAUGUGAUGUGAAAGACAUAAAUAAGAUUUGAUUGAGACAAAAA